AUGACCGACGGGACUGUCAAGUUCAUUUUUCCCAUCAGGCAAGGCCCGUCGCCUCAGGAUCAUGGGAUCAGUGAAAAGGAGCGACGAUCACAUGCUGCUCGAGUUGGUCAUCUCGGGAAAAGUCGAGCCGCUAGUGGCUCCUCUGCCAUUCAUCGUUCCGCACCACGAACCCAAGCUAUGUACAGGAUGCAUUUACCGCCGCGGCGUCACACAAGCAGCCCUAGUUUUGGUUCCAAUGUCAGCUCGAACUCUAGAUCCAACUUCAAAUCAGAGUCGACGUACGACUCUUCGUCGGACGAAGAGAGACGCCCAACGCCGCCAAUAGUUGUGUUGAAAGGCAACUCCGACCCAUUCGCCACAUUGUCAGUGGUCGUCACACCGCUUGUGAACCAGGUUUUGGCGUUUAUGCGCGAGGCGCUGUAUCCAAACCUCUACUUCAACCCUUUCUUCCGCCGGCUGUAUGGGGACUCUAAUGGUCCCAUUAACGUGCUGCAUGAUAGCAGUUGGUUACCGGCGCAGACGGCGAGACGAGGCUGGGGCUUUGCCGCUGGGAGCCUCAACUCGGAGGGUCAGGCCUUGGCCUGCAUCGCGAGCUUUCUUCACAACAUGGCCACGCUGCUGCCCGAGAAUGGACGGCUCAAAAUGAGCCGGCAAGCCCUGAUUCUCACGACCAAGAGUUCAGAGCUCCUCCGGAAGUCGCUGGAGAACACACCCAGCACUGGAGGGGGUAAGAGCAUACUUCUUCAGGAUCAAGGGCUGAUUACCCAUGUCUUCUGGUUAUUCCGCGCGGCCGUGUAUUCCGACAACAGCCCAUCUGUGGCGGUCCACGGCAAGGUCCUGGCGGGGAGCAUGAUGCAAGGUUUUAAUGACGGCAUUGUAGAUCACCUGAUGAUCAUCCAGGCUCUCAACGACGACUGUGACGACGCUUCGAAAACAAUGCGGCGGACUCACUUUGAUCCUAACUGGUAUCGGCUCACUGUCGAACCAAUCUGGGCCCUAGCCGAGCAAAUUCUGCCUCCAAUACCCGAGACAGCCUUUGCCAAUAUCAACCCAGCCAUUGAGAUCCCGGAGCUGCGACGCCUCUUCAUAUCCUCACGUCAUCAAGCGGCGUUCUGCGAGGAUGGCAUGCAAGUGUCGGACGAGGCUUGGGGUCCGCCAGAACAAAAGCAGCUGGCCUUUGCCUGGUUCGUCACGCAGAGCGAAUACCUUAUGUCCAAAGUCCUCCAGAUAUAUUUUGACCUCCGCGAGAACAUCCAUCCACCGUGGCGGCGAGGGCCAUCUGGUGGCGGUGAAGGACUUGCGACACCUUCCUCAGGCGAGCGUCUGACCCAAGCCGGCCUGGCGCUGGGCCUUCUUUACUAUGUCCGCGCGAUAGGACACGAGGCGAAGAUCAGUGGGCGGGACAUCCGCGAUGCAUCCCCGGGCAUCAUGCGCCAUCUGCGGUCGGUCAUGGAACUCAUCUCCUCGGUGGCGACCAAGCACGAGAUGCGACUGUACAGCGACGCCCACGCGUGGCUUUACUAUCUCGGUGCAUUCGAAGAGCGCCGCAAAAUGCGACCACCGUCCUCUUCAUUGAGAGACUGGCGCGUGUCCACCGCCGCCGUCGACCGCAACAGGGAAGCCCAGGUCCAGUGGUUCCAGCACCGUCUUGCCGAGCACGUCCUACAACGACGACGACGACAACAACAACAACAACAAGAGCAAUCACUCGAGAGAAGCAGCAGCGGCAGCAGAGCAGCCGACCCCGCUCCUCUCCCACCGGGGUCUUUGCCCUCUUACUGCCGGUGGCCAGCGUAUCGACGAGUCUUUCGCACCUUCUUUCUGUCGGACUGGGCGCGGCCGCACGGGUCGACCUGGUUCGAUCGCGUCGUUGCGUCGCAGGCGGAGGUGACUGCGUCCUGGUGA